UUCAUUUCCCUAUCCGUUACCUCGUCGUUCACUUCAACAUGGCGGUUUCACCUUACGCCGCCGUUUCAACCCCUCGUGUUUGUUCUCCACCUAGUGUUUCCACUAAAAUCUACUCUGGAUUGAAACUCCAAUCUUCACGUUCUUUUGGAGCGUCUUCCGUUUCAUCUAGCGUAAAUGCUCAGUUUUUCGGUAAAGUUAACAAAGUUCUCAGUUUCCGGUAUGCUAACCAGAAGCCAGUUAGGGCACAAUUUCUAAUGAUGCCCAUUGGAACUCCUAGACUACGCUAUAAAACACCUGGUGAAGAUUCUUGGCAAUGGAUUGAUUUAUGGAAUGCCCUUUAUCGAGAACGUGUUGUCUUCAUUGCACAAGAGAUAAAUGAAGAAUUUAGUAAUCAAAUAUUGGCAACUUUGCUGUAUCUUGACAGUAUAGAUAACACCAGGUUUCUCUAUUUGUACAUUAAUGGUCCUGGUGGGGAGCUUACACCAUGCUUGGCUCUCUAUGAUACCAUGCAGAGCUUGGAGACUCCUAUAGCCACUCAUUGUGUGGGCCAAGCUUAUAAUAUGGCAUCAUUUCUUCUUGCAGCUGGACAAAAGGUGUUGUAUUAUCCUACUGUCUUUUAGAAGUUUAGCUUGUCA